UUUUUAAUAGUAAAAUUCCUAAAGAGGAAAUGUUAUGAAGCUAUUGUUAGAAUUCAAUAAAUGAAUUCCUAUAGAGAUUUUUAAAUAUAUAUACAGUUGGAUGCAUAGGCACCCAGAUGUUUAGACAGACUUGGCAUUUUUGUCCUGGGAUAGGUAGAUAUUGUUUUUUAGUGUUAGAGGUAGUCACAAGUACAGCUGCCUUUUGCAAUUGACUGGUGGUAAUUUUGUCAGUGCCAGUAGUGUUUAAGGCUGCUCAAAAUGUUUUGGGAUUGAAUCCAAAGAUAUUACCAUUGGUACUUAGCUUAGCUUUCUUAUUAUUUAUAAUCCUCACGGGUUGAAAGUUGAAAAAAUGAAAAUAUUUGAGCAAUAUCUGUAUUGCCUCGAAUGUUUAUGUGUUCCUUGGAAUAAAAAUAUAACUUCUUACUAACAAAAUGGGAGAAGUCUCAGGAUUUGAGGAGAGAGGAUUGCAUAUUUGCACUUGUGUGUUUGAUAUCCCAAGAAAGUAUAGAUUGGAAGGUUCUCUCCAUUUUGUGUGGAUGAAGUGGUUGCUGCUGCUUUUCAAUGGGUUGGAGUGAUUCAGGCUUUCUUGUCUUCCAUAAAAGGGGAUGGGGAGGAUGAAGAGAUGAAGGAAGAUUCAGAGAAUGGGGGAAAAAUGCCUUGAUAGCAAGGAUAGGUCAAGUUUAGGAUGCUGUAUUCUCUAAACUUAGAAUUGAACAGAAUGAUUUGCUUUCUGAAAAUGUGUGAUAAAGUUGACACUGAGGUUCUGCUUCCAUUCAAGUUAUAAUUUACUUCUCUCUCAUGUAUUAUUGUUGCUUAGGUUUGUGCAAUGCUUUAUCUAUAUCUUAAAUUUACAGGAAUUUACCUAUUGGUUUGCAAGGAACACUGGCUCUUUUGAAGAGUACUUCAGUGCCAAAAAAUGAACCGUGGAUAUAUAGAAAAUAAUAAUGUCCCACACGACAAUAAUCAAAUGGUUUUGGAUAUGAUUCUUUGUUCUUUAAUUGGGGUUCCUCAACCUAUCAACUGGGAAAAUGUGGCAAGAUUGGUUCCAGGGUAUUCAUCCAAAGAGUGUGCAAAAAGGUUUGAUGAGCUGAAAAGCAAUGGAAGUUCUCCAGUGGAUAACCAGUUCAAUCCACUAAUGGCCAGUGGUGCGAAACCUGUGGAAACACUAGCUGGUUAUAUUAAAUCAUCACUUCUUGAUACUCAGGAUGAGUUACAAGAACCCUCUAGUGAAAAUGAUCCAAUUUCUUUAAAUGAACCAAGCAAUGUCAUUUCAAUACUUAUUUCCUCUGAAUUCCUGAAGAUGGAUUCUUUAGUAGAAAAAUGUAUUAAUUAUUGCCACAAGAAUAUGAGUACAAUUGUAGCCACGCCAUGCAAUAUGAACUGCAUUAAUGCUAACCUACUAACCCGCAUAACUGAUCUAUUCACACAUAAUGAAGUAGAAGAGGUGAAGGACAAGAGAGAUAAAUUUAAGAGCAAACUUUUUUGUAAGAAGAUAGAAAGACUGUUUGAUCCAGAGUAUCAGAAUGCAGAUUCUAAGGGAAAUGCUGCAACCCUUUACAGGUGUUACUUAUGUAAGAAACUUCUUAUUAAGGAUACUGAAAGAAAAAUCCCAUGUAUUCCUGGAAAGAUUAAUGUGGAUCAAUAUGGAAAUAUACUCUAUAUUCACAUAAGAGAUAAAUCUUGGGAUAUCCAUGAGUAUCUCCUGAGUCUUUUUGAAGAAUUAAAAUCAUGGCGAGAUGUAUACUGGCGUCUUUGGGGAACUAUUAAUUGGUUGAUCUGUACAAGGUGUAAUCAAACUUUCCUGUGCACUGAAUUUUCACACUGCCAAUAUCAUCCUCAACCAGUCCUCUAUCCUGGUGUAGCAAGUUCUCUUGGUUCCACUGGUACCGGAAUAUAUCCCUGCUGUAACCAAAAAGUUCUUAGAUUUGAUCCGGCUCCUAUUCCAAAAGGAUGUAAAGUAAGAGAUCAUGUGAUUGGCUUGCCUCCUGGAGGUGAAGGUGGGGAUAAUGUACCCUAUCAGACAGCUAAAAUACUGAAUGAUCUGAUUCAGCAUCGAAAUAUUAUUGUUCUGCCCUUUUCAAAAGACCAGAACAGCAAUUCUGGAAUAGGGCUGAAUGAUGAGAAGGGUUUUGAAUAUAAUAUUUUACUGGAGCCAAAUUCGUCAUGGGGACCCAAAGCAGGAGAAAUUAAUGCUUUCCUUUCUCUGAAAAACUGGACUCUUCAGCUGAAACAACAGUUGCUGCUUUCAGAAGAUGAUGAAUACACAACUGGAUCUGAAGUCACAGAGGAUGAAGUAGGUGAUGAAGAAGAAGUGUCCAGGAAAGCAGGAAGAAAAGAGAGGCUCAAAAAAAUUAUCAGAAAUCCCAAAAAGCAAGUAUCUUCACCUAAUAUUCAAAAGAAGGAAAAAACAUUGGAGAAGCCUAACUCUCGGGACACAUCUCCCUUUAUAAUGAGUAUGCAGCAGAGUAAGUGGGAUCCUUCCAGAUCACUAAGAUUCAAUCAAGAUGCUCAAAGAGAAGAAGAUCAGCGGCGAAUGAUUGAGAUAACAGGACAUCUAAUAAAAAUUAGGUUGGGAGAUCUUGAUCGUCUAAAAUCAAAAGAAAACAAAGAAUCUGCAGCCGGAAUUUAUGCAAGACUUGAAGCUCAGAUCAGGGCAGCGGCACAAGUCAAUAUUCGUCAGAACAUCCCUGAAAAAAUGAUAAGGGCAAAAGCUCGGUUUGGUCAAGGCCGCCCAACUUAAAAACAAAACCCAGAGGUUUUCUGCGCUGAAGCCAAAGCACUUUCCUGCCUUCUGCAACUGCUUCCAGGAUUCCAGAAUCCGGGCACGCUUCUUCUGAAAGGUUUCAGUGACUGACAUUCCUGUCUGCCAUGUUAAUUAUUCUGUUUUAAUGAAUUAAUACCCAUUUUACACUUGUAGUUAGUUGUAAAUGCACCAUUUUCUCUUAAGCAAUGGUGCAUUUAUAAGCCUGCAAAACAAAAUGUAAAGCCCUUAUUUGACUGAGGGUGGAAAAAGUGGUGCUAAUGAAAUUAAGAAUUUCAUAUUUUGCUAUCAAUUUUUAGUAAUGGUCAAACCUGGCCUUUUUAUAUACUUUGUGCUUUAUCUGGCAACAGUACUAACUUGUAAUGAUUUAGUUGUAUAAAAAUAAGGUUGGUAAUGCUUUUGCAUCCUGUUUAAAAUCUUGAUCGUAUUCCUAUUCUGCCUUUAAGAUUUCCUCUACAGUGUUUUCUCUCUCAGUGAAACUGUGUGCAUGUUAAUAGGUGCUUUCUCUCCAAACUUCCUUUCUUUAAUGCUUCAAUAAAAAAAAUACAGUUAAGAGAAAAAAACUCCACACUAUUUUAUGAGUUACAGACAACCCCGCAGUCUUUUUCUGCACUGAAGUGCCAAAUAUGACAAAUGAUAAGGGAAAAAUCCAUGCUUGUAACUAUGAAGUUUUUCGUAACUGACUUAUGUAUACAUCUCUUUGCAAAAUUCUAUCUUUGUUUAGAAAUAAUUUGUGUAUGAAGGCUUCAAGUUGUCAACCUGCUCCUUGAUAUGAAACUGAAAAAUAGAAGUCAUCCAUCUUUUAAAUGUAAUAAUACCUUUUGGCAGAAAUGGAUGCUAUGAAGUGCUAUAAAGAUAGAAUAAAUUGUGAAGGAGACUAAAGAGCUAGCAAAUGCAGUCCUAGCUCAGCAUUUCUCUUCUGCAACCAUCCACUGUAAAGAAUAUUGUGCAGAAGCAUCUGCAGCAGGGGUUUCAACUUCAAAGCCUGCGGGCUGGAUCCAGCCCAUGGGGUGGGUAAAUCUGGUCUGCAGGGCCAACCUGGAAAUAUCAAACAGCCUUUGUUUUUGGCUGGCAGAGUGCUGCUGGAGGUUGAAAAAUGGGCCGCAUGGGGGCCAUGUGCAGGCCCCUCGUGCCCUGUUUUGGCUAGCAGUGUGCUGCAGGAGGCAUUCGUCCCGUCUCCCCACCCACCAGCCCACAGAGAACUACAACGCUGAUCCAGCCCUCGAAGAAAUAUAGUUUGACACCCCUGAUCUGCAGGAUUCCUUGUAAGAGCUUUAAGGUAAGAAAGACCCUUUCCAGCUCAUCAAUCAAAAUUUUGCAGCUACUUCUCCCAGCUAUGGGUAAUCCUUGCUUACCACUUCAUUUGGCAACUGAAGUUAGAACUGGUUUUAAAAAAAGCUUUGCAACCAAUCCUCACAUUUAAGACCUUUGCAUAUUUACAAAUGUCGCAUCAUGUGGUCACAUGAUUACCAUUUGCUUGCUUCCCAAUCGGCUUGCAACAAGCAAAGUUAAUGGAGAAUCCGGAAGCAAAAUCACAAGUUGCAUCCACAUGAUACUUUGCUUAAUGACCACAGUGGAAGUGAGAUCAUAAGUCCAUCCCGAUCCUAUGAUUUUCAUUUAGGGGAAUUGCUGUGGCAAUUAGCAACAGAAUUGCCAGUUCUAAUUGUGGUUACUAAGGUUUACAUUUACUUCGAUAAUUCAAGCAAUGAUAUGAAAAGAGGGAAAUAGGAACUUUUUUGAGAUUAAACUUUUCAAAAGGAUUUAGCUUAAAAAUACGUUAAUUUCUUUUGAGACCGUAAGAAUUUACUUUUUUUCUUCUAAAACCAAGACAGAAAGUGCAUUUCAACAUGCCACUUGCAGCUAUGUUGUCUAUCAUAUGAGGAGAGUAGUUUUCUAUUAUAAAGUAUAUGAAAACAAUUGUGAUUUUGCAAAAUCCAGGAAAUAUGGAUAGUAUUAUGUAAAACUAGAAAGAAAAAAACAGCAGACAACAUAAUUAUGUAGACAACUACAACAUAUCUGAUUUGUGCAUUGAGACAAAUACUCCACAUUUGGUCUUCAUACCUGGGCAUCAUAUUAAAUGCUGAAGGUAAUAGAGGAUAAACCUGAAAGUUGUAGGAAAUGAUGCUAUUCUGAACUGGAUGAGUGAUAGCCACAUUAUUUGUUUGGAAGUUUUCAAAAAAGUUCCAUGAAAAUUAGCAUUCAGAAACUACAUUUGGUAGGGCUAUAUUAAUAUCAAAGAACUAAUAGACAAUGAAGAUCCUAUUUCUAGACAUAUACAAAAUGAACUUUUAAACUUUAAUGCACUUCAGGAAAAAGCAAAUCCAAAGUAAAUGUUGAUAAUUUCCAAAAGUUAACCCCAUACAGUAAUACUGUGUUUUUAUGCUGUAUUGUAUGUCAAAAUCCAUCACAAUAUUUGUGUUUUUACUUAGAUAUUUUUCAUAGCAAAAUUCAAAGUAUCAGUAGGCACUUACACAAAUAUUCAUUAUCAAAUUCACUUGAAUUCUUGUUGCACUGAAAUAAAUUAUGUGUUAAAACAAA